AUGUCGGCAACUCUUCCUGCUGGCUAUAAAUUCGUUCCUUCUGAUGCUGAACUGAUUGGGUUUUAUCUCUACAACAAGGUACAAAAUUUACCUUUUUCCCGUGAUACCAUCCCAGAAUGUGACCUCUAUGGUAGACAAGAACCCUGGCAAAUUUGGGAAAUGUAUGAAGGACCCAAAUUGGCCAAUCAAGAUCUCUACUUUUUCACUCUAUUGAAGAAAAAAUCCAACAAGGGCUCAAGGAUUUGCAGAGGAGUGGGUUCUGGAACAUGGCAGGGUGAAGAUGGGGCAAAAGAAAUUAAAGUUGAAAAAACCCACUUGAAAAUUAGGUUAAAGAAGAGGUUUAGAUACGAGAAUAAAGGUUCGGAACACAAUGGGGGUUGGAUAAUGCAUGAGUAUUUAUUGUUAGGGCAUGAUGAAUUUGUUGUGUGUAGAAUUCGGAAGAACGAACAUGAUGAAGAAGGGGUUGUGAAGAAAAGGAAGAGAAAGUCCACUAGAGCUUAUCUAGAGAAAGAAGAGCUUUUGAGUUUGAUAGAGGACCAGUUGCAGAUGCGUUGCUUUCCUUACAUAUUGAAGGAUGCAACAAAGAGAUGGUUCAUGACUUUGACCCCAGCUUUACUUACAAUGUGGGACGCAGUUUACAACAGAUUUAUAGGUAAAUUCUACUCUCAUGCUAAGACUGUCGAACUGCGAGAAUUGCUUAACCAAUUUUUCUAUGAUGGACUGACACAGGCUUGCCAAGCCAUAGUUGAUGAUGUUGUAGGUGGUGCUAUGGGAGAGAAGACUGCAUGA